AUUAAGUUUCCUGAAUUGCGCUUUUUGAUGCUAUAAUCUUUGUCUGAAUUUGUUGGAUUUUACAUCGAUGGCGCAUCAACAGGAGAGCAAAUGCAAAGUAGGAAGCCCAAUGCACUCUUUGGUGAAAAGGUGAUAGUUUCCAAAUUAGAGAGAAUGGAGCUGUCUUCAAUCAACAUAACAAACUUAUGGAGUGACCAAUCUUUAACAAGCUUUCGAAAUUUGAUCCACUUAUAUGUGAAUGAUUGUUGGAAUUUGCAUUACCUACUUUCCAUUUCCAUGUCCAAAAGUCUGAUGAAUCUUCAAAGCCUUUUCGUUAGUGAAUGUGGGAUGAUGGAGAGCAUAUUUGAGGAAGCUAGUAUAAUCGUCAAUGAGGAAAGCAUCUUUCCAAAGUUGAAGAAUAUCAACUUGAGAAACAUGAAGAGAUUGAGAAAGAUAUGGGCCGAAUUUCCUUUACAUUCCUUUGGAAAACUAGAUGCAUUGAUCAUUGAGGAGUGUAAUAAACUUGAAAAUGUUUUUCCUUCCUACAUGGUUGGCAAAUUUCGGAGUCUAUGCAACUUGAACGUUACUAAUUGCAAGUCGAUGAAAGAGAUAUUUGACCUUAAAGGUCGCGAAAAACCUGAUGCUGAGGAUAUGACCAACUUGCAAAAUCUUCUUGUAAAAAAUCUGCCAAAUUUGGAGCAUGUAUGGAACAAAGACCCAGAAGAGAUUCUUAACUUCAAAAAUUUGAAAAAGAUAUGGGUUCAGGAAUGUGUAAAAUUAAAACAUAUAUUUCCAGUUUCUUUGGCCAAGGGUCUUAAAAAACUUGAAUACCUUGAGGUCCAAAAUUGUGGUCAGCUGGAAAAAAUUGUUUCCAUGGGAGAAACAAACAACUUGAGUAGCGUUUCAUUUGAAUUUCCCAAACUAACCACCGUUAGAUUUUCAAAUCUACCGAACCUUGAGAGUUUCUAUGGGGAUGAGCAUAAACUUUGUUGUUCAACACUGAAUAACUUGUGUGUAGAACUUUGUCAGAAGCUCGAACUUUUCAGAAAAGUAAAGGAAAAUCCAGAAAUAAAUCCAGUCUUCUUGCCUAAAGAGGAAAUCUACAACUUGAAGUCCAUGCAAAUAGAGCCACACAAUGCAGAUUUGUUAAAGACAUAUAUCGGGGACUACCGGAUGUACAACUUAGAAGAGUUUCAACUAUCUAGAUUACAGGAUUGUGAGAUUCUAUAUUUUUUCCUCCACAGAAAUCCUAAUCUAAAAAGCCUAUUGAUGAGUAAUUGUUUCUUUGAGCAAUUAGUGCAUCCAAGACGCUUUGCUGAAGAAAAUUUGGGGGUUGUUCCGAAGCUCAAAAGCUUGAAGUUAAUGAACUUACGUUCACUUAAGAUGAUAGGCUUUGAAGAAGACAGAGUUCUCUUUCAAAGGUUAGAAUAUUUGAUUUUAGAGGAAUGUCCAUGUCUAGACACCCUUGCGCCUUCUUCAAUAUCUUUCACUUACUUGACAAAUCUGGAAGUGAGUAAUUGUAAUAAAUUAAGAUAUUUAAUAACACCAUCAACUGCAAAAAGCUUGGUUCAACUCACCACUAUGAAGGUAAUUCAAUGUGAAUCAAUGAAGACCGUUGUGUUAGAGCAAGAAAAUGAAGAACAAAUUAUUAACGAACUAUUGAAGAAAAAAAAGGCUAGUACUACUAACAGAGUAUUGAUGGAAACAAAGCCAGCAAUUGUUUUCAGACAAUUGAAGGAAAUAGAACUCGUAGCACUUCAUUCACUUGAAAGGUUUAAUAGUUCCAUUCAUUACGCCUUUGAGUUUCCAUCGUUGGAAAAAGUUGUAGCGAGUGAAUGUGGCAAAAUGAAAAGCUUCACCUUUUCUGAAAAAGACGAGGCUCCAAUUUUGCGACAAAUAUGUGUUAGAUAUGGAACGGAGGAAAAAAUAUAUUAUUGCAAAGGUGAUUUAAAUGCCACGAUAAAUGACUUGUACCAGACUCGGGCUCUCGAUCCAGAUCACAUGGUCGCUUCCAAUGCUUAUGGAGCACUCGAGAGCCUUCGACUGAAGAUUUUGAAGCUGGUUAAUUGUGAACUUGAAUCGCAUGCUAUUCCAACUGCUGUUUUCCCUAGUUUAAAAAACUUAGAGGAAUUGGAAGUACGUAACACCAAUGUAGAAGUAAUAUUUGGUAUGCAGGAGACAGAGCUGAAGGAUUAUCCCUUUCCGUUGAAGAAAUUGACUUUGGUUGACCUGCCAAAAUUGAUACAAGUAUGGGAUAAGGAUCGUGAAGUAAUGCUCAGUUUUCUAAAUUUGCAGCAAGUACUUGUUACUCAUUGUGAAAGGCUGAAAACUCUAUUUCCUUUAGAGCAAGCUAUAAGAGUUGAGAAACUCAAGACACUUGAAAUAAGGCAGUGUGAAAUGUUUCAAGAAAUUGUUGAAGAGGGGAAUGCUAUUACCGAAGCAACAACAGAAUUUUCAUUUCCUCGUUUAACCUCACUGAAUCUGUGUAUGUUGCCACAACUCACCUGCUUUUAUCCUGGAAGAUUUACUCUGGAAUGCCCUGACUUAAAUCAUUUAGAGGUGUUGUUUUGUGAUAAAUUGAAGACAUUUCAAAAUCAACAACAAGAGCCACAAACCUCUACUUCAGUUAAUAAGCAACCCCUUUUCUCGGAAGGAAAGACUAAUUUCGUUCUGGAGUCACUGAAGCUCGAUUGGGAAAACACUAGGAUGCUAUUGCUAUGCAACAAAAAUUUUCUGAGAGACAUGCUUCAUAAAUUAGUUGAACUUGAGCUGGAUUUUAAAGAUGUCCAGGAGGUACCGAGUUUUCUCGUUGAGAUACUUGUGAAGAUACUUGUGAAGCCAUCCAAUUUAGAGUGUCUUAAAAUAAGUGGAUUCAGUUUUCUUGAGUUGUUCCCCUCUCAACCUGAACAAAGUGACAGUGACACCACAGUGCACAGAUACUCGACGACCUUGUCCCUUGUCUGUCUGCACAAGUUAUGUGUUUCCUCGUGUCCUCGUUUGACAACAUUAGUACAUUCUGCAUUGUCAUUCUCCAAUCUAAAUCAAUUAUCUAUAAAAGAUUGCCAAGAAUUGAAGUACUUAUUUACAUCCUCAACUGCAAGAACGUUAGUUCAUCUUGAAGAGAUGUCCAUAAUGCAAUGUGAAUUAGUGGAAGUAAUAUUGGCAAAAGGGCUAGAAGAAACUACUUUAGAGGUGAUAAGAUUUGAGCGACUCAACACUAUAAUUCUACAUUCCUUAUCAAGCCUGUCAUGUUUUUAUUCAGGCAGUCACACACUGCUAUUAUCAUCUCUGAUAAGAGUGAUCAUAUGGGAAUGCCCCAACAUGAAGAUUUUCUCCCAAGGACUCAUAGAUGCCAAAUACGAUUUGGGAAUUCAAGUCUCGUUGGAUCCAAAUGAGGAAUAUUUGUUCUUCCACCACGAUCUUAACACCCCUGUGAAGGGGACGUUCCAACAACAGGAGUUUUUUGACGCCAUUCUCAAGACUCGAUAUUCUUCGGAUUCUUGGCUACAAGCAGACCAUGUCGGUAAUGUUUCUGUUGGUAUACAAAACCAAUGGUUGCGCAAUUUAGGAACUUUGAAUCUGGAUAAGUGGAUUUUACCAUAUGUAAUUCCAUCUGUUAUUCUUCAUCUUCUAAACAACUUAGAAGCAGUGCAAGUAGGAAAUAACAACAAAGUAGAGGUCAUUUUUUAUAUGAAUGACACAGAAAUUAUGGGAACACCAUCCCGAUUGAAGAAAUUGACUUUUCAAAAGCUAUCGGGGCUGAGGCAUGUUUGGGGAAAAAAUAGUGAAGGACUUCUUUCCGUGUUUCCAAAUCUGGAAGAGGUCGUUGUUAGGGAAUGUGAGAACCUUCAAACUUUAUUUCCUACUUCCCAAGCAAAACAUCUAAAGAAGCUUAGAAAACUUGAAAUAGGAUCUUGCCAUAAAUUGCAAGAAAUUGUUCAAAGGGAAGAAGACACUCCAACAAACAAAACAGAACAAUUUGUGUUCCCCCUUCUAGAGAAGUUGGAUCUUUCUGGCAUGCCACAACUCGCUUACUUUUACCCUCAAACAUUCACUCUCGAAUGCCCCGCCUUACAAAUUUUAUCAGUGUUGGAUUGUGAUGAGUUAGAAUUAUUUCAAACCACACGUUUCAUGGGUGAGAGUGAAGGUGAAGGUACGAGUUCUUCAAAUCUAAAGGUCAUUUCCAACUUGAAAGAAUUGAGACUUGAUUGGAAACACAUCUUGGAAUCAAGCUUAAGGUUUAGGUCAGGGGAUUUUAUGGAAGGCCUCAAAUAUUUAAAUGAAAUUAGCCUGCACUUUGGCGCUGUUAAGAAUGAGAGGCCUAUAUGGCUCAUUGAAUUACUCCGAAAGACACCAAAUUUAAUGAAAAUGAGUAUAAGCCGUCGUUGUAAUCCCGAGAUAUUCUUUGCUGCAAACCACAAAAUUGAUGAGGGAAUGCUUGGACAGUUAAAAAUAUUGGAACUUCGUCAAGUAUCUGAGCUCCAGUUCAUCAAGUCAAAGGACUCAUCAUGGAGAAACACAAUCUUUGAGAAUAUCCAAGACUUGAAUGUUGUCGGAUGUCAUGAUUUGACAACAUUAAUACAUUCUACUUCUACAGCGACUUUCUCUUUUCUAAAAAAAGUGUCUAUUUUCAACUGUCCCAACUUGCAGUGUUUAUUUACAUCUUCAGCAGCAGAAAAGUUGAUGAACCUAGAGGAGAUCAAGGUGGUGGGAUGUGAAUCAAUGAAAGAAAUUAUGGCUAAAGAGAGCAAUGCAACUUCAGAAGCCAUUAAAUUUAAGAGACUCAACACCAUUGUUUUGUGUGAUUUACGAAGUUUGUUAUGCUUCUACUCGGGCAAUCACACUCUGAAAUUAACGUCUUUGAUAACAGUUCAUAUAGAGCAAUGCUUCAAUAUGAAGUUUUUCUCUGAGAGAGUCAUAUAUGCAGAAUCAUUCCAGGGAAUUCAGACGGGGCCGACUACAAGUGGAGGUUUGCUUUUCCACAAAGAUCUUAACACCACUGUAAAGGCGAUAAUGCAGCGACAGGAAAUACGAACGUGCUUAUGGACAAGCAUGUGCUUCCUAGCACAAGCAUGCUUUUAUCCUGGAAGAUUUACUCUGGAAUGCCCUGACUUAAAUCAUUUAGAGGUGUUGUUUUGUGAUAAAUUGAAGACAUUUCAAAAUCAACAAGAGCCACAAACCUCUACUUCAGUUAAUAAGCAACCCCUUUUCUCGGAAGGAAAGACUAAUUUCGUUCUGGAGUCACUGAAGCUCGAUUGGGAAAACGCUAGGAUGCUAUUGCUAUGCAACAAAAAUUUUGAGAGACAUGCUUCAUAAAUUAGUUGAACUUGAGCUGGAUUUUAAAGAUGUCCAGGAGGUACCGAG